AUGACACAGGCAAUUAGCCUCCUAUCAGGUCCCCAGAAACCAGUCACUUCCAAGGACCUGUUCUACUCCACAGACGGCAAAGACUCGUUUCCAUCCCCGUCGGCGUAUUCUGCAUAUCGAAAUUCUUGGGUCCAUGUGUUUCCGGAAGCUUGUUGUCACCAAGGGACGGAAAGCAGUCUCCGAUAUUUCAAAUGGGGGAUAUCGCGGCUCAUUCUCGAAAGCGAUCCAGCCCCAGAGUUUAUUCCCAUGUUCAUACAUGGCACACAAGACAUAAUGCCGGAAGACAGAGGGUUUCCAAGAUUUUUGCCUCGCAUAGGCAACAAGAUCCGCGUUGUAAUUGGAAAGCCUACUGAUGUCGACGCUCUCUUUGGCACGGAGCGGGAAAAGUGGAGGCAACUAAUAGACCGAGGCGAUCCGGAACUUCUAACUAACAGCCCAGAGGCAGUACAGCUGAGGAUUCAGGUCGCAAAAUCGGUACGAGACGAAGUUGCAAAGUUGCGCGAAAGCAUCGGCCUGGCACCGGAGCAAGAUGACAUGGCUGGUUUGGCAGAAACUUGGUCCAAGGAACCCAACAAGCGAAAGUUCAAAAGUCCAGUUGACGGCAGUCUUGUAAAUAGAGUCUGA